AUGGUAGAUGCAAAAUCAAUUGACACUCAAAUGCCUACAAAUGGAAACUUGGACAGGGAUGGAAACGAUAAGGAUGUUGACGUUCAAAGGUAUAAAGGUAUGAUUGGAUCACUUUUAUAUCUUAUUGCAUCUAGGUAUGAAAUUAUGUUUAGUGUAUGCAUGUGCGCUCGAUAUCUAUCCACUCCUAAGGAAUCACAUUUUAAAGCUGUAAAGCAUAUCCUUAGAUAUCUUCAUGGUAAUUUUAAGUACGGGCUUUGGUUUUCCAAGGGUAGAGAUUGUAGUUUGGUUGGUUACUCUGAUUCUGAUUUUUCCGAUUGCAAAUUGGAUAGGAAGAGUACUAGUGGAACUCGCCACAUCCUUUUUAACUCCUUAGUUAGUUGGCAUAGCAAGAAGAAAGUCUAUGUUCCUUUGUCAACUGUAGAGGCAGAAUACAUCGUAUCCGGUAGUUGUUGUGCUCAAAUUUUAUGGCUCAAACAACAACUACUUGAAUUUCAUAUUAAACUUCAAUGUAUUCUGAUAAUGUGCGGUCAAUCUAACCAAAAAUCCAGUGCUACAUUCUCAUACUAA